UUUUUUAACGGUCGGUUGAAAAAUACGCGGUUUUUGCACCAAUUUUUUAGUUAGUUGUUACUUUUUAAGUUUUAUUAAUUUAAACAAAAAAAAACUUUGUUAAUUGUGUUAUUUUAAUUGUUUACUGUUUUAUAAAAUAUGUCCUUUAGCAAAGCGAAGAUUAUAAGAUUUAACGACACACCCAACAGCGGUCUUACUAAAAGCAAACCGUUGGAAAAGGUCAGGAAACCUGAAAAUCGUAGCUGCAGCCCCACAAACUCUGAGAAUGGCUCAGUUAAAAGUGUCCCAAGCAACUUUAAGACUCCAACUUUACCAAAGAAAACCAAAACGGCCACAUCAGCCACAAAAACUAUAACCCCAAAAGACUUAUUCAAUAACGAUCUCAAAGCUUUAAAAGAAAAAACUGCGGAAUGUGAAAACAAGACUGUAUACAUUCAUAAACUGUCCGAGGAGCUGGACCAGUUGAAACUUGAAAUUGACAGUUUAAAAAAGGACAAGGAGACACUGGCCAGGGAGCAUCAAAACGAGAUGCAAAACUUAGAGUGUGAAAUGCUAGAGUUAAUGUCCAAAUUGCAAAAACUCUCCGAAGAGUCUAUAAUAAAGGAAAAAGAAGCUGAGGAGAUAUUGCGGAAGGAAGUGGAAGGUCUAAAGAAGUCUCACGAGUAUAAAGUUGGCCAGGUGGUGUUGGACUAUGAAAUUAAGCUGAAGGACUUGAAAGAAGCCAAUGAGGGGGACGUAAAAGAGAAAUUGGAAAAACUCGAACAACAUUGGAAAGAAAAACUGGAGAAUAAGGAAGCAGAAUCAGCGGCCAUCCUAAAAGAAUGCCAAGAGAUCAGCGAAUACAGCAUAAUCCAAUGUGAACUGGAAAAAAAAGAAAUUCAAAAGUUAUUAGACAAAGAAAAAAUGUCCGGUGAGGCCUUAAAAAUAAAAUAUGAUAAAUUAUUGGAGAGUAAACAGGAGCUGGAGGCCAGUUGGGAGACCAAGGAACAAGAGCUGAACAGUAAAAUUGACAAACUGACCGGUAUCAUUAAGGAAAAGGACGAAGUAUUGGCAAAACUGCAGGUGGAAGUGAAAGCCUAUCAAGUGACCAUCAGUAGUUCGCAAGUCACUAUUGAAGUGCUGAAAAGGAGGUUGAUUGAUUCUGAUAGGGAUGUGGAGCAAUUGAAACUGGAACUUUCUAAGUGUGAAACUAAACUUUUAGACUACGAGAGUAAACACUUCCACUUAACCGAGCAGCUAAAAGAGUCCCAACAAUGCAUCGAAGACCUGGAACUCCAAUAUAAUUCCAGUUGUGUCCUAAACCAGGGCUCUAUCAACAAAAUUAAAGAAAAAUUCACUGACCAAGUGGAUCAUCUUAAGGAGCAAGUGAGAGACUAUUCUAAAAAGAUUGACGCCGAGGCGUGCCUAAAGAACGACAUAAUGCAGCAACUGAACGACAAUAUAGAAACGAUGAAGAAAAUCAACAGUGAACUGCAGAAAGCGGAAGAAACCCUGGAUAUCUUGAGCGAGGAGAACGACUUGUUAAAAGAAGAAGUGGAGGCCAAAGAAAAAAUCAUCGGGGAACUAAAACAAACGAUAACGGAAAGGGAGGAAGUCAACAAGGAAUUAAACGAUAAAUUUCUGUUUUACAAAGACGUUUUGGAGGAGUACGAACAAGAAGCUUCGGAAAGUUCACAAACCCGGAAGAAGUACAUAGAAAUCAGUGGCAAGUAUGACUCUUUGCUGCAGGAUUUCGAAACGGUGGAAAUGGAAAAUAGACGGUACAAGAGCGAGAUGGAGAGCCUGACGAAGAAGCUGGAGCAUCUGCUGACUGUCCAGGACCAAUUCGAGAAGGUUAAGAAGGACAAAGAUAUUUUGGAGAGUGAGAAUUUAUUUUAUAAAACGAAGUUGGAAGAACAAAAACUGAAGAAACACUACAAACUGGCGGCGAAAGACAAGGAAAACAUCGGCAGUCCGAACCGUUCUGUUGUAGAGAGCCCUAAUAGAGGCUCCCCAUUCCGUGAGCGAAACUAACCCCACUUUUUAUAUUUUCACUUUAAUUAGUACUAAUAUUUAAGCUGCGGUAAGUAUAGGAAAGAAAAUUAACCUCAAAAGGCCCAAAGACGGUCUCGAUUUAUAUUUUGUGUUUGUACCAAAAGGCUGAGUAGUUUGUGUUCAGUACCAAUAUAGUUUUAUCAAUGUUUAUUAAAUAUUUAAAAAAAAAUUGAGUUUUGUUUGUACUUAAUAAUGACUUUAAUUUGUUAGGGAACAUCCUAUAUAUAUAUAUGGUGAAAAUAAGGAAUAAAAUGUAUCACUAUUUAAAUAAGAGUUAUUAAAAGGUCAUAUGUUAUUAUCCCUAUUUUGUCAUAAAUAAUUUGUAAAACCAGCGUAUUUCCUUAUAAGGAGUGAGUGAGUGAGAGUUUUUUUACUUAUAUGCCAAAUUUAAUUUAUUGUUACCAAACAUUCCAUUUAGUCGUUAUUUAUUUAACUUAUUUUAAUUUGUAUGUGUUUUUUCAUAUUUCAAGUAGCGCUGAUUGCCUUAGGGUUUUAGUUGUUUAUUGUUAGAACAUUAUUUGCUAGUCUGGCACUGUAUCAAUCACCGAUCAUUUUUUUUAGAUAAGUGCUUUUUUUUAUUAACGUAAUCACUAAUAAAACAUU